UUAUCAGAACCGAUUAGCACGAUAAGUAAAAGAUGAAUCUGUUAAUAGAUUUAGGAACUAGAUUUAGAUAACUAAUCCGACGAUUAUUACUUUCAUUAAAUUUAGUAUAUAAUGAACAUCAAGUCAGAUCAAACGUGGUAAAAAUUACUAUUAGCACCAUGAAGCACCUAUUGUUACUUUGUACAGUUGCUCACCUUGUUUGGGCUAAACCCAGCAGAGAAUCUCCCAAUCGUCUCGUUGAAACUAUCAACUCAAAAAAGACCACGUGGAAGGCUGGCGUUAAUUUCCCGGGUGAAACACCUGAAGAAUUUGCAAAAAAACACCUGGGAUUUUUGGGAAACCAUCAAGAUCCCAAUUUUCGUGUAGCAAAAAAAGUGCACAAAAUAGGGAAGACAACAAUUCCUGAAAGUUUUGAUGCUAGAGAGCAGUGGCCGGAGUGUAAAGAUGUUAUUGGUAAUAUCCGGGAUCAAGGAAAUUGUGGAUCCUGUUGGGCUUUUGCUACUACGGAGGUCAUGUCAGAUAGACUCUGUAUAGCGAGUAAAGGUGAAAUAAAAUUCGAAUUUUCUCCACAAGAUUUACUGUCGUGUUGCAACUACUGUGGUAAUGGUUGUGAUGGUGGAUAUACCGCUAGAGCCUGGAUUUAUUGGAUAGGCCAUGGAAUUGUAUCUGGUGGUGACUAUAACACUAACAUUGGAUGUAAACCCUACGAAGCUUUGGCGUUCCUCAACCAUACGACACCAUCAUGUAAAACAACUUGUACAAAUGACAAUUAUAAAACUGCUUACGAGGACGAUCGUUUUAAUGGCGUUACUUAUUAUUCGUUGGACGUAAGUGUCGAACAAAUGCAAACUGACAUUAUGACCUAUGGACCAAUCCAAGCUAGUUAUAGGGUUUUCGAAGACUUCGUGACCUACAAAGAAGGUGUUUACCAGUACACUGAAGGUGAGGAACUUGGUGGUCACGCUGUGAAGAUUAUAGGCUGGGGAUCAGAAAAUAAUGUGCCUUACUGGCUUGUGGCCAAUUCGUGGGGUUCACAUUGGGCAAACUUGAAAGGAUAUUUUAAAAUUAGAAGAGGUACAGAUGAAUGUGGUAUUGAAGGCAAUGUAUACGGUGGUAUAGCUUUACGUGAUAAUCACUACGCGGGAUUCUAUCUCACCGGUGCAAUUCCCCAGUUGAAGUAAGGUGUGUUUUACGGCGAGUAGCGGGAACGCUUUGAUCUGGUCCACAAGGUCGUAGCCAGUGCGUCGCUAGAAGUGUUUACAGCUUGUUAAAAAACUACUUCUAUAUUACUAUAUUAUUUCAAAUAAUAAUACUCGAUGCCCUUUUUAAUUUUUUCACCCACAGGACCACAGAUUGGUGAUCUUGAAAUGUUAUAUUAUGUUGAUAUAGUCCAAAAGAAAAGUAUAUUUGUAAUCAAAGUCUCGCCGUGACAGCACUGGAUCUAGCGUAUGAGAUACAAUUCCGCGCAUUGGUGAUAAUUCUGACCCACCAGGAGAUACUGGAUCAGCAAUUAACGUAGUUUCGUCUGGACUGGGGCUACUUUUGAGCGGGUUAAUGUUUUUUAUGUUAUUUGAAUAAUGAAGUGACACGUUUGUUUGAAACAAAAUCUCGUUGAACUUUUGUAAAAUAUUUUGUUUUUAAAAUGUUUAUUUUUCACCUGAAUAAAGAUCCAUGUUUUAUACGUUGUAACUUCAGCUUUUUAAACAGUAAAGAAAAUUUCGCAAUCCCCCAGUACAUUACCGUCGUUUCUUUUUAAAUAAGCAGUUCUACUUUAACCAGUUCUUCUAUUCCGAAUAAUGUCUUUCAUUUUAUAUUUUACCAGUAACGUUAGUAAACAUUUCCUGCACAGUAAAAUAUUUUCUGUUUAAUUCUGAAUACCUCUGAGAAGCUAAGUCUUACCUCGUGAAAAGACUUGACUCUUGAAUACACCAACAAGCGUAAUUAAUUAUUAAUGUAACGUAAAUUCUUUGUUUAAAAUUGUUAAUAAAGUGUGACAUAAUUUAA